AUGGUUUUUCGAAUUUUCCGCCAACUUUUCAAUAAUGAGAAAACGAUUCAACAGGUAAGGAGAAAAUUUGGUAAUUUUCAGCUUUUCAGAUUCAAAUUUUGAAUUUUCCAGCUCUCCGAAUCGCUGCCAAUUCGCACAACUGCAAAAGCAAUCGUGCGCGGUCUGAAAAUCGCCGAAGAAAAAGCUGAAAAUCUGGAAUUGGGUCGAAAAAUCACGAAAUUCAAGGCGAAUUUCGAUGAAGAAUAUCAAAAAGCGCUCAAAAAAUAG